GCUCAGACGAGACCCGCAGCGGAUGAACCCGACCCCAGAAGACUCCGCACGACCCACACAGUCAGCUCAUCAAGGAAAACUCUACUUCCUGCAACGAGGAGCGGAGAGAAAGCAGCUGCGCUUCAGGUAUCGGAUACACAGCUGGUGCCAUGGCCUCAGAAAAGAGUCUCUCUGGGGAAACUGAAACAAACACACCAAAGAGUGUGAUUCAGAGAAAAUCUCCUGAACCCAGCUGUAUGUCUAUAAAGAGUGACCAGUCAUUAAGGAUACCACCUAAUUUCAGUGACACAUAUUAUCCUGAUAAUGGAAGAAACAAAAUGGAUGAACCAAAGUUAGAAUCAAACUCUACUCAACAGGAGCAAUUGGAGUCUAUCUUUCAGAAUCUUGAGCACAAAAUCAUUGCUCUGAUGAAGAAAGAGCUGGAGAUGUUCAAGAGAGUUCUUAGCCUAGACAACCCAUCACGCUUUGAGAGAGAAGAGGAGGAUGAAGGUCAAAACAAAGUCAGAGACGGGCUUCUGAAAAUCACACUGAAUGUCCUGAAAAAGAUGAACCAGACAGACCUUGCUCUCACUCUACAGACCAGAUUUGCCCCUUUUUAUUUGAAACAACACAAAUCCAGCCUAAAUAAGAAAUUUCAGAUAAUCAAUGAAGGAAUAUCAAGUCAAGGAAACUCUGUAUCGCUGCAUGAGAUCUACACAGAGCUGUACAUCACAGAGGGAGGGAGUGGAGAAGUCAAUAAUGAACAUGAGGUGAGACAGAUUGAGACAGUAUGCAGAAGACCAGAAAGACAGGGAACAUCAAUCAAAUGCAAUGACAUAUUUAGAACUUCACUUGGACAAAAAAGCCCCACCAGAACUGUGCUGACUAAAGGAGUCGCUGGAAUUGGAAAAACAGUUUCAGUGCAGAAGUUCAUUUUGGACUGGACUGAAGGAAAAGCAAAUCAGGAUUUUCAUUUUAUAUUUCCACUUCCUUUCAGAGAACUGAAUUUGAUAAAGCAGAGAAACCUAAGUUUGAUGGAGCUUCUUUGUAAUUUUUUUACACAUAUAAAUGAAUUGGCAUCAACAGAUGUUGAUAACUUUAAAAUCCUGUUUAUCUUUGAUGGUCUGGAUGAAUGUCGACUUUCUCUUGAUUUUCUAAACAAUCCGAGUUUGUCUGAUGUGACAAAAUCAGCCCCAGUGGAUGUGCUGCUCACAAACCUCAUCAAGGGGAAUCUGCUUCCUUCUGCUCUCCUCUGGAUCACUUCUCGGCCAGCAGCAGCCAGUCAGAUCCCUCCUGAGUGUGUUGAUCUGGUCACAGAUGUACGAGGUUUCAAUGAUCCUCAGAAGGAUGAAUAUUUCAGGAAGAAGGUAAAUGAUCUGUGUUUGGCCAGUAAAAUCAUCAGACACAUCAAAUCAUCAAGAAGCCUGUACAUCAUGUGUCACAUCCCAGUCUUCUGCUGGAUUUCAGCCACUGUUCUACAGACAAUGAUGGGUAACGCAGACAAUACAGAGAUCCCCAAGACUCUCACUCAAAUGUUCAUACACUUCCUGAUCUUUCAGACCAAGCUAAAAUCCCUGAAAUAUGAUGGGAAAUGUGAUGCGGAUCUUAAACAGGCUCGAAAUAGCAUCCUGUCACUGGGAAAUCUGGCUUUUCAACAGCUGGAAAAGGGGAACCUGAUCUUCUAUGAGGAGGACCUGAAAGAAUGUGGCAUUGAUGUCAAAGAUGCAUCAGUGUGUUCAGGAGUUUGUACCCAAAUCUUUAGAGAGGAGUUUGGGCUGUACCUGGGGAAGGUGUACAGCUUUGUUCAUCUGACAAUCCAGGAGUUUAUUGCGGCUUUAUAUGUGUUUCUUUGCUUUUUCAAACAAACAGGACAUGUUAACAUGUUUAGAUCAACUUUGACUGAUUUAUUGAAAAGUGAAGUAGACAAGGCUUUAAAGAGUGAAAAUGGACACCUUGAUCUUUUUCUCAGAUUCCUGCUGGGUCUCUCGCUGGAGUCCAACCACACUCUCUUACGAGGUCUAUUGAAAAAGACAAGAAACAGACCUCUCAACAGACAAGAAAUAGUUGAAUACAUUAAGAUGAAGAUCAGGGACAAUUCCUCUUCAGAGAAAUCCAUCAAUCUGUUCCACUGUCUCAAUGAACUGAAUGAUCAUUCUUUAGUGAAGGAAGUCCAAACAUACCUAAGCCGCACAGGUACCAGUUGCCUUUCAACUGUCACACUCUCUCCUUCACAGUGGUCAGCUCUGGUGUUCGUGCUGCUGAACUCAGAAAAGAAACUGGAUGAGUUUAAACUAAGCAAAUAUCAUAAUUCAGAGGAAUGUCUUCUGAGGCUGCUACCAGUGAUAAAAGCAUCUUCAAAAGCAGAUGUGAGUGGCUGUAAUCUCACAGCAGAAAGCUGUUCAGCCCUGGCCCCAGUUCUCAGCUCCAAUUCCUCAAGUCUGAUGGAUCUGGACAUGAGUUACAAUAAACUGCAUGAUUCAGGAGUGAAGCUGCUCUCUACUGGACUGAAGGAUCCGAACUGUAAUCUUAAGACCUUACAGCUGGAAGACUGCAGUAUUGGAGAGAAGGGCUGUUCUGCACUGUUAUCAGCUCUGAGAUCAAACCCCUCACACCUGAUAGAACUUAAUUUGGGCUAUAAUAAAUUAGGAGAUAAAGGAGUGAAGUUGCUCUGUUGUCUACUGCAGGAUCCAUGCUGUCAACUGAAGACACUACGACUGCCUAGCUGCAGUAUUGGAGAGGAAGGUUGCUCUGCUCUGGCAUUAGUUCUGAAAUCAAAGCCCUCACACCUGAGAGAACUGAAUCUCGGCUGUAAUGAACCAGGAGAAUUAGGAUUGAAGCUGCUCUCUGAUCUGCUGCAGGAACCACAGUGUCAAAUGGAGACACUGAUACUUUCCAACUGUAGUAUUGGAGAGAAAGCUUGUACUGUUCUGGUUUCAGCUUUGAAAUUAAACCCCUCACACCUGAAAGAACUAAAUCUGAAUUAUAACGAACUAAGAGAUUCAGGAGUGAAGCUGCUCGCUGAUCUACUGCAGGAUCCAAACUGUAAACUGGAAUCACUACAUGUGAGUCGCUGUAAUCUCACAGAGAGAAGCUGUUCAGCUCUGGCCUCAGUUCUCAGCUCAAAAUCCUCAAGUCUGACAAAGCUGAACCUGAGUUACAGCAGUCUACAGGAUUCAGGAGUGAAGACGCUCUGUGCUGGACUGAAAGAUCAUCACUGUAAACUACAGACAUUGCAGCUGUGUAACUGCAGUAUUGGAGAGAGAGGUUGUGCGGCUCUAGCUUCAGCUCUGAGAUCAAACCCCUCACAGCUGAGAGAACUGGAUCUGAACUACAACAAACUACAAGACUCGGGAGUGAAGCUGUUGUCUGUUUUACUUCAGGAUCAACACUGUAAACUGGAGAAACUACAGAUGUAUAAUUGUAGUAUCGGAGAGGAAGGUUGCGCUGCUCUGAUUUCUGCUCUGAGGUCAAGCACAUCACAGCUGAAAGAACUGAGUCUCGGCUGUAACAAACUGGGAGAUACAGAAUUGAAACGGCUCAAUGAUCUACUGGAGGAUCCACACUGUGAAUUAAAGAUACUAGAUAUCUUCUCUUCUCCUCUAAUUUCUCCAAAUGUCAAACACCAGCACUGACCCAGAAAAUGCAAACAGUGAGUUGUGAACCACACCACAAGCAGAAAGUCAGGUUGUGUUUGUAAUUCACCAGCAGACUAAGACAAAAGCGUACUUCAAUUUUGACACGAACUCAAACUAUUCUCCAUUUUAUAGGAUACAUGAAUACAGACACUUGACACACUAAAAAGUUGGAUCUUUGGUUAGUGUUGCAUCUUAAAUAUGUCUUUGUACUAAUUUAAACUAGAAUGACAUAAUAUUGCUCAACCACCUUACAUAAGUCCUCAUCAAUGUCAGCUUCUUUUGUUGUUGUAGUUUGUUGUUUAUCCGUCUCAUUUUCUUCAUAGCUGAAGGGUCAAGUGCGAGCUAAGCAUGCUUUGUAUGACUCAGGAUGUUAUGUCAUGCACACUGUAAGCAUACUCUGGCAAAUGCAUAAAAUCCAAAAUGUACUUUGGCCUUGAGAUAGAGAUAAGGCAGGAUCACCAUGGAAUGAGAGCUUUUUAUUUAGGACAUACUUUGGUCUCAUGGUCUGCCACAAUUUUGGUACAAGGAAAGAACAAAAACCUGAAGUAUGUGGAGGAAUUAAAUUAAAUGGAUUAUUCUCUUCAACCUUCAUCUUGGCGAUCCUGUUGUGUGUACAUAGCACAGAGACUGUUACAGUUACCAUCAGUAUACUGAAUGUAAGACAUUAGCAUUAAAUGUACAUAUUUUUUUCAAAAAGCAUGGCCAGAUGUUUCCUUUCUUGCAAUCUUAGUCACCUGCACUUUCUCUGCCAGCAAAGUCACUUACAAUACCUUUCUCUGUCAGUAAUUUCACUUGCGAUAUCUUCAUUCUCCACUCACUUUAAAACCAAUUUAUUUGGUUUGUUUUUGUUGAGUGCAAAUUAAUAUUGGCAAUUAUAUCAUAUUAUAUUAUAUUAUGACAUCUUCAUCGGAGGAUUUGCAGAAAUCAAGCCUGGAGGCAGACCUUAUUAAAAUAAUAACCAGUCCUUGAAAUAGUCUUUAACAACAUAAUUCUGCCCUGGAUACAUUUGAUGCGGUGCGUUUCAUCAGAUGACCGCCCCACAUUUCUCUAAAUCGCAUAACGAUGAGCACCAUGUUAUGAGAUAUGGCCAUUUUUAGAAGAAUAAAGAUCACAACCAUCAUGUUUUACUGUCAUGAAAGGACAAAAAGCUAUUUAAUGUUGAAGAUGAAGUGUUGAAGUGAAGUGAAUAGCUUACCCCUAAAAACAGAAUUCAGUAUUCCCAAAUGAGAGAGUUGUGUGCCCUCGUAAUUAUUCCUAGUUGAAGAUAAAACUACUGUACAAGGACCAAGUCAGGCGUGAUGCACUCUUCCACUAGAGAGCAGUAUAAUACUGAUAACCCUGCUGAUAAAGAACAGUAAACCAAUCUUUACAUUCAUAACGCCAGUGGUUAAAUGAGAGAAUUUCAAUCACCAUGGGAGUAAUUUGUAAUUUAACAUUUACAUUUGUUAAAACCCCAGUGUAACUAGGCCCAAAGGUAUUAUUAAUGUGCUGUAAUAUUAUAUCUAUGCCUCACAUACUUGAUUGAUUUGUCAAUGUAACAUCAUUUAACUGUUGAAUGAAGAUUGAUUUAUAUUAUAUUGUUGCAUUGUGACUUUAUUUUCGAGACCGUGAACACAGGUUUGUUUGUGUGUUUGGUAAACACCUAAAUGCUGGUCAGCCCCAGUAUUGCCAAUAAAGGAGGUGUC